AAAAAUUUCUAAGCAAGAGUGUAGAGUUCAACGUUGUAAUUUGAAGACAGGAGUGCGAUGUAAUUUGAAGAUGAAAAAUGUCAAACCCAGCGACCUGUUUAUCAGUCUUACGUCGUUUGAGUUGGAGAAGACAAUUAUGAUUAUUGUUGGGGCUUGAAAAAUUUAGUCAACCUUAAUCUUUGUUUCUGUGUAUGCCUUUCCUUCAAGAUAAGAGCUGAGAUGAAAUUCGCAGAAUCGCAACCCAAUUAACCGUAACCUUUUUAGUGCUGCGUCGUUUUCCUGAAGCGCGUGCGCCCAAGAGGGAGAUUUCUCAUCUAUGGAAGUCGUUUCCUUCUCAGCACGUACUAUAAUUCAUCGUUUCGGUUAUAAGGAAUCGGGGUUUGUUGCCGCAGCCUCUUUGUUUCCGCAGACGCACACUUAUAAAGGACUGUAUACUGCAUGCUCUCCAAAUAGACAGGCGAUUUUGAGAAAUUAUACUGACUCUGCUCAAAGUAGCUAUUUAUGCCUUCCAAGGAAGCAUGUUGUUGCAUCGUGGCACGAUUUUGAGAAAAAAGAGGAGUUAAAUAGACCUCAUUCUGGGAAUAUAUUGCAUAAUAGAAAUAGAUUGUCUGGAUGCGUGGUUGUAAGAUCUCAACUCACUGGAACUGGAAACUCUGAUGCUGGGUACCCAUUGUCAGACCUUAAGUUGGGCUCAAAAGUUAGAGGAAUAUGCUUUUAUGCUGUCACUGCUUUCAACGCCAUCUUUCUGUUUGUGCUGAUGCUGUUGGCUCAUCCAUUUGUUCUCUUGUUUGACCGGCACCGAAGAAGAUUUCAUCAUUUCAUUGCCAAAACUUGGGCCACUUUAACUGUCGCUCCAUUUGUUAAAAUCAAGUAUGAGGGAUUGGAGAAUCUGCCACCUCCCAAUAUUCCUGCAGUAUAUGUUUCCAACCACCAGAGCUUCCUCGACAUCUAUACUCUUCUCACCAUUGGAGGAAGCUUUAAGUUCAUCAGCAAGACUUCAAUAUUCCUCUAUCCCAUUAUUGGGUGGGCCAUGUUUCUGAUGGGUGCUAUCCCUCUGAAGCGCAUGGACAGUAGAAGCCAGUUGGAGUGUCUUAAGCGAUGCAUGAAUCUUACAGCGAAAGGGGCCUCUGUGUUUUUCUUCCCCGAGGGAACACGGAGUAAAGAUGGAAAAUUAGGUGCUUUCAAGAAAGGUGCGUUCAGUGUUGCAGCCAAAACCAAGGUGCCAGUGGUACCUAUUACACUUAAGGGAACUGGGAAAAUCAUGCCUCCAGGAAUGGAAAGUAUCUUGAAUUUAGGUUGUGUUGAAGUUGUUAUUCAUAAACCUAUAGAAGGAAGUGAUCCAGAAGUACUAUGCAAUGAGGCUAGAAAAACAAUUUCAGAUGAGCUUAAUCGCCAAUGACGGGAUAUCAACUGCAGCAAGUUCUGUUUGAUUUCAAUUGCCAAUUACUUAAACUGAAACCUGGAGAAACGGGAAGAUUAAUGCCAAAACACUGUCAUCUUACUGAGUUGGAACUGAUUGUGCCUGUAAUAGUUCCUAGCUGUGCCUGUUAGUUCAAGCAUUUUGAGAUUGCUUUCAGAGCGGUCUGAUACAUAUAUGGAGCUCAUAACGGGUGGCUUUUUUCUGCUGUAUCAAUUCAAGCAUUUUGAGGUGGUUUUCAGAGAUUUCAGAUACAAUUUAUUGAGUUUGUAACAGCUUUUAUGUUGGGAAUGAUCAUUCAAAAGAAAUGCAGAUACAUGUAAAUUUGGAAUU